AUGGACGAGAGGAGCUCCGAAUUUCCUGCUGGGAAGAGGAAAAAACCGCACACCCACCCACCACCUCGUGACAUCUAUGUCUCAGGAUGGGAGCGACAGGACACUCUGAUUGUGAUGAGGCUCGAGCGGGCCCCACAAUUACCGCCGAGAUCUGUUCUGCCUGUCGCACGUUGGACCUCGCAUGCGUGCGGGUUUAGAUCUAUGUGCCUAUGGUUAUCCUACCAGUACGGGCACAAGUACGGUAGGGACUCGCUCGUUCUGCUUGAAUCACCAAAGGGUGCCGAUGGGUGCUUUCCCCCACAGAUAUUCCAAUUGUGGGGCAUCUGGAUCAAAUUUGUACCUAGAGGCUCGAGUAAGAGUACUUGUAUCAAUGCCAGUAUCAAGCUAUGA